AAAAAGAAAAGGAAUAGUGUGCUGCUUCUUCUUCUUCCAAGUUCCAAGUUCCAAGUAGUAUCAGCAUCAGCAGUGGAGUUAAACAAACCACGAAGUCCGAGUGGGAGUGAGCAAAAGAUCGUCGGGGGAAAUGGGAAAGGAGAGGAGGUUGACGGUGUUUUUGAGCAUAAUUUGGGCUCUGACCAUUCUGUAUGGUGAGAUGUUUGCAUAUUGGGUGCCCUCUCUUUGGACUUGUUCUUGGCCUCAUCAUCUUCGCCACUCUUCUUCCUCCUCGGUGAAGAGACUCAAUGAUUCUGGUGAUUAUGUCAAAAUUGCCGUUCUGGCUGAUCCUCAGCUCAUGGAUAGGACCUCCCUUCAUCUUUCCCCAAAGUCACUGGCUCUCGAGAUUGCUCAGUUCUACACAGACUUGUUCAUGCGCAGGGCAUUCCUGUUGUCUGUCUUACGUUUCAAACCUGAUGUGCUUCUCUUUUUUGGUGAUUACUUUGAUGGGGGCCCUAUUCUGUCUGACAAUGAAUGGCAGGAAUCCUUGAGCCGCCUUAAACAUAUCUUUGAUCUGAAUGUGCUCCAGAAAACUAAAAAUAUGAAAGUGUAUUUCCUAUCCGGAAAUCAUGACAUUGGAUAUGAGGCUCUUUACUCCAAAACGCCAGAGGUUAUCAGGCGUUAUGAGGAAGAAUUUGGAGCACGAAACUAUAAGUUUACACUUGGAAAAGUGGAUUUUAUUGCUAUUGACUCACAGACAUUAGAUGGGAAUUCACAGGGAAAUGUAACCUCUGCCACCUGGAAUUUUAUUGCAAAUGUCUCUCAGGAUUCCAGUUCAAUGACAAGGGUUCUAUUGACUCAUAUCCCAUUGUACCGGCCAGAUUGGACUCCAUGCGGUCCAUAUCGUUCUUCACCCAUUAUCAAUCAGAGGAUUUUGCGUGCCCCAGAAAAUCAACAAAUAUUGUAUCAAAAUUAUGUCACUGAGAAAUCGACAAAUAACUUACUGAACAUGAUUAGCCCAGCACUAAUCCUUUCAGGGCAUGAUCAUGAUCAGUGCAAAGUAACCCACAUCACUAAGCACGGUCCCGUGGAGGAGCAUACUAUAGGGACUAUCAGCUGGCAGCAGGGAAACUUGUUCCCUUCUUUUAUGCUGUUAUCUGCUAGUAAUCUCAGCUCUCCAGAUGGUUUGGCUCUAGAAGAUGUUGUAUACGCCCAUCUCUGCUUUCUACCUGUUCAAACAUACAUAUACAUAUGGUAUAUGGUCCUGUUCAUCAUGACCCUUCUCAUUGUUCUCUUUUGGCCUGCAAAAGAGGAAUUAUUCUCCCAUUAUAUUGGCAAUUUCAAGCUAUGCUUCAGGAGUCUGUUCGAUGGUAGUGUGUUUGGCAGGGUAAUAAAAGAGAAAAAUGAAGAUGAGAACUUUGAGUACGAGAUGAUGUGGGAUGCCGAAGGAUCGAUGCACCUUAUCAAGAAAGCGUCAAAGUCCCCUCCUAAAAGUUCAGGUGACAACGCUUCGGUGGAAAGGGGCAAUGCUGUUAUGCGGGCGAAAAGACAGACUGAACAGGAAGUAGAGGUCGCCGUGGCUUGUGAUGGGAAUGUGGAAUUUGACGCGAGGACACCAGGACCGGCUCGAAUGAAAACAUCCAUGACAAAAUUGGUGAUACGGAGACUAUUGCGAGGCAUCCGCGUGCUUAGCUUUGUUGCUGCAAUCAAUGUUCCUCUCUACAUGAUGCUGCUAUUCAAAGAUUGGGUGGAUAAAUGAUACUGCUACUACUUACAAAUACAAGUACCACUAACUCCUGCUUACUACUACUACUACUCAGUAUGACAAAAUAAUUUCGGAUUCUUGCACAUUUGACA